AUGCUAAACGCCAUUCCUGAUCCUAACCAAAAAUGGCAACUUAAAUCCACUUCAAAACGUCCCUUAUUUGAGCCAGAAAAAUUUGGCGGAAAACCAAAAGAAGAUAUUCACGACUUUCUAAAUUCUUAUGAUAAGGCCGCUAGAGUUAAUAAUUGGACUGAAACUGAAAAAGUUGAUCUUUUAGAAAACUAUCUGACUGGAACUGCUCAAAAAUAUAUUAAAGCCCUGGAUGAAUCUAUAGGAGCAGCUUUAACCUUUGAGACCGCUAAAGAGGAACUUUUACGUGUUUUUGCACCUGUACAGCGUGCCACCAAACUUGAAAUUGAAUUGACUAACAUGAAACAAGGUAUCAAUCAAACUGUUGAAGAUUACCUAAUUUCAGUAGAACGAUUAGCCAAAAAGUGUGACCCAAAGAUGCCAGAAGAAAAAAUAGUUACCCACUCUCUUAAAGGCUUACGGAGAGACAUAGCUAAAGACUUACUCCUCAAAGAAAUCAAAACUCUUGCACAAUUACGUGAAGGUGUAAAAGUAUUAGAAGUCAGAGAUUACUUAUUAAAUCAAAGCUUAACUGACCAAACCAUACCAAAUACAGACAACUCACAAAUUGACAAAGACAAUAAACCUACCGAAAAAUCAGAAACAUUAGUAAACAUGCUAAAAACCCUACAAACAGACAUCAAAGAAUUAUGCCACUCAGUAAUUCAAACUAAAGAUUCAGUAAACUACGUAUCACACCACCCUAACCGGCAACAAGGCUUCGUUGACAGAGACCAGAAUAAUCAAUACAGACGCACCCAUUCGCCCUCCCCAAAUCCUGACUAUUACAGGAAUGACCACAAUUAUACUAACCGGCAACGCUCACCAUCGCCUUACAGAAAUGACCCAUAUCCCUCCCACAGACCUAGAUCUAGAGACCGUGUCGAUAGGAACAACAAUCGAAAUUCCUCCAAUCAGUACUACAUUGACAACUCACAAGCCCAAGACAGAUAUAAUAAUAAUUAUAACAGAAAUGAUAAUUAUUAUAAUAGGUCUAGCAGAUCCCGAGAAAGAGACCAAAACCACAAUUAUUCUUAUAAUAAUAAUAGAACCAAUUUCAUUUCGCCUAACCGACAACAAAGGUACCACCCACAAAACUAUUCUAACAAUAAUUAUAGUAAUCUUUACAACAACAGACCUUCUUCCCCUUAUAAUUCUGAUUAUCAAAAUCAAUCCUCCCGCAAUUACGACAUUAAUAGAAAUGCUCAACAACCAUUUCCCAACCGAUCACCUUCAAGAAACCCAAAUUUUAAAAAUACCUCUAGAGAUAGAACUCCCCCUCAACCCAACAGGUCAAACACCUACAAUAAUACUUCAAAUAGACCUAACUCUCGUUCCCAAUCACCUAUUCAAUGUAAUCAAGCUAAUUUUUUCCCUAAUCACUCCCCAAACUAG